AUGGAUCUAUCCAUAAACCAAUCCGAUUACAUAAUUCUAGGCGGGAUUCUAUUGAUCCUGGUCUAUUGGCGAGUCACAAAAUCCCAAAGAAGAUUCUCCAAGACGAUAGUUCCGUACCUGAAACCUGUCCCGAUCCUUGGAAGCACCUGGAGAAACUUUUUCCAGUUGGAAAAUCAGAUUUAUACCUAUGGAAGAGCUUAUGAGAAUUUUCCUGAUAGCAGAUUUUCAGGUUUCUACGAAGUUUUAAAACCUGUAUUGCUGAUACGAGAUCCAGAGCUGGUCAGGCAAAUGGGCGUGAAAGAUUUUGAUCAUUUUGUGGACCAUAAUUUUUUCAUCGACGAGACCACGGACCCACUUUUGGGCAAUAUGAUGAUCGUAAUGAGAGGUCAAAAAUGGCGAGACAUGCGCUCAACCCUCAGUCCAGCAUUCACAGGCAGCAAAAUGCGAAACAUGUUCCAACUAGUGUUAAAAUCUGCCCAACAAAUGGCUCUGCAUUUAAAAAAAGAAACAACAAAAAAUGGCUCCGUAACUUUGGAAAUGAAGAGCCUGUUCACAAAAUAUGCAAAUGAUGUGAUUGCCAGUUGUGCUUUUGGUCUGGAAGUGGAUUCUUUGAGGAAUCCUGAAAACGAAUUUUAUAAAUUCGGGAAGAAAGUUACUGGGUUUGGAGGUCUGGAUGCCCUGUUGAGGUUCUUGGGCUUCAAUUUGGCACCAUCUCUUAUGAGGGCUUUAAACAUCAACUUCCUGGACAAACAAACCAUGAGAUUCUUCCGCAGUCUGGUACACGACACAAUGUCUACACGAGAACUACAAAAAAUCUCCAGACCAGACAUGAUCCAUUUGUUGAUGCAAGCACGAAAAGGAACUUUAAGGGACGAAGAUAAUGCCAAAAGCGAUUCGACCAGUGCCAAAAGAGAUUGGUCCGACGAUGAAUUGACAGCACAAGCCUUGAUUUUCCUCAUAGCUGGUUUUGACACGACGUCAACGUUGUUGAUGUUUUUGGCUUACGAAUUGGCGUUGAAUCCAGAAGUACAAGAAUGUUUGCAAGAGGAAAUCGACAGUAUUUUUAAUGCUGAUGGUGAUGAAGGCUUGACGUACGAAAAGUUAGCAAAGGCUACGUAUAUGGAUAUGGUGAUAUCUGAAACUUUAAGGAAAUGGCCACCUGUAGUCUUCCUGGACAGAAUAUGUUUAAAAGACUACGAAAUCGAAGAUAACAUUGGCAGAAAAUACACGGUCAAAAGGGGCGAAGGUGUCCUUUUCCCAGUUUACCACAUUCACAGAGACCAAAAAUAUUUUCCUGAUCCAGAAAGAUUCGACCCUGAACGUUUCAACGAUGAAAACAAGAAGAAUAUACAACCUUUUACUUAUAUGCCUUUUGGGGUUGGCCCCAGAAAUUGUAUAGGAUCAAGGUUUGCCCUGAUGGAAACCAAAGCAAUGCUCUUCAUCAUCCUGAGUUCAUUCAAUUUUAGAACCUGCCUGAAGACUGAGUAUCCUUUGAAGUUGUCAAAGAGAGACUUUGACCUGGUUCCUGCCAAUGGAGUUUGGGUUGAUGUGGAACCAAGGAAAAAAUAA